AUGUCUGAGACUUUGGAUAAUGAGUGUCUGGGGAUUUCAGCAUCGGCCGAGGAGUCCUCCAAAGCCGCGGACACUUCUGCAUCUUUGACCCCCCAGGAAACGGCUGCAGGGACGAGCGAGCAGCAGCCUUCACCUGUAGUUACCCCCCCGACUGCCGGGGAGAUGAUGGACACCCUCCUGGAUGCAUCGAAAAUAAGCUACUUCCGCACAAAGUCGUGCUUCGUUCUCGACUUUUUAAAGUUCGGAAGGAGGCAGCUGCUCAUUUCCAAUCUGCCGAGGUACGACGUUUGCCGCUACACCGAGGACGACAUUGCCAAGCAGCUCACUCCAUUUGGCUUUCAACACACGGACGACAGCAUCUUUGUUUUUCCUCAGGCUCGAUUGGCGUUCGCCUUGAUGCCGACAAAAGACGACGUACGUGAAGUCAUGAAAGCAGCUGUUCACCAUCGCAUUCUCUUGAAGGGGACUGUCCUCUGGUUUAAGGUUUUAUCCUCGACCAAAAUGUACAGCCCGCUCGGGUUAUAUACGAUUCUGAUGAAGACGAUGAAGUCUCCUCUGAAGGAUGAAGGAAGUAGACUGGUCUACAUCAAGAACAUCUCCCAGCUGGAAACCCGCAAACUCAGGGAAGCGCUGACAUUUUUUGGCUCUUUUAGGAACUUCAUGCCUCUCCUCAACAAAGUGUUUAUAGAAUUUCAGACGGUCGAAGAUGCCGAUCGUUUUGGAGGUUGGUACAGUCGGGUAAAACCGGGGCAUGGUCAUAACGUGCAAAGGCUCAACGUGGACGAAGGCAGCUCUUUAGAAACAGGAGAGAAGAAUGGAGGAAUCCUCGGCAACGAUUCCUCUAAAGCUGCCAGCAGAGCCUUGGCUGUGACGACUGAAGAAGCUGCAGCCAAUCAGCAUCAAGCUAAUGCCACGCCUUUGACCUGUGGAGAGAUGAUAGAAGAGUACCUGUGCUCCAGGAGAAUUCAGUGUCAUCCAGAAGAAUCCUGCUUCACACCAAAGUUUUUGAAACAUGGCCGCAACUUGAUGCUCAUAACCGAGCUGCCCAACGACGGGCGCUACACGGAGGCCAAGGUUGCCGAACUGCUCGCUCCUUUUGGAUUUCGAUACAAGGAAGACACAAUCUAUGUGGUUCCUCAGUCGCGCAUGGCGUUCAUUUUGAUGAACGACACCCAAGCAGUGCAAGACCUCCUGAGAAGCCACAAAGAGCGACCGCUCACUUUACAACGAACCAGACUCAGCGUCAACGUUGUCCUUGGCAGAUUUAAAACGGAACCAAUUGGCUUCUAUAGAUCUCUGAUGGACCACAUCGAUUUUCCCGUAGCAGACGACGGGGCGAGAACGCUCUUCAUCACCAACAUUUCGUCGAGUGAGAUCAGAGAGCUCAGAGAAGCUUUGAUCAAAAUCGGUUCAUUUCGGAACUUCCUGCCUCUUCUCAACAAGGUGUUUAUAGAAUUUGACUCGUACCGUGAUGCUGAUCGGCUCGGGGUUUGGUACAGCGUUCUCAAACAAGCCCCCGGUCACGUAGUUCAGAGGUUGAAGGUACCAACCAGUGGCUGCACAUCACUCGCGCCGAGACUUCCUGAAAACGCCUUUCCAGUCCACCAGGACAUCAUGGAGGGAGUAACCAUCCCGCCGGCAGACGUCGUCAUUCCUCCGGGCAGCGUGGCCCCGUUUUGGGUCACAAUGAGAAAUGUUCCCUUCGUCUUCCCAACCAUUUCUCCUUGGUUCAUCACCCCAGAGUACCAGACCAUCAGGGACACAGGCGACAUCGAGAGAGCCAAAGACUCCUCGUCGUCCACCAUCAUGCUGACCGGUUUGCCAGAAGGAAACUACAAACAUGAGGAUGUGGCGAGGCUGGUGUGGCCAUAUUUCCCCCAGAAGACCCUUCACACCCUGUACUACAACGUGACAGUCCUACCGCUGCAGAGGAGGGCAUUUGUAUCUUUUGAGGACUCCAAAGCAUGCCGCCAUUUUGUCCGAGAUCACAUGGCAACGCCUUUCUCUGUCCAGGGCCGCACAAUCAGGGUCCAUAUCGUGCUGCAGCACAUGCAUCCUGAAUCCACUGAGGAGAUGAUGUACAUGAGCCUGAUGAAGUGGAGCAACGCUGGAGUUCCUGAUCACGACUCUCUGGAGGAGCGGCUGCUGUGUGUCGGGAUCUCCGAGGCGUCCGCGGAUGUCGUCAGUGUCGUCUUGGAAGCGGUGGCGUCUGUUGCACCUUUUGUAAACUUCCUGCCACUGGCCAACAGGAUAUGCAUCGAGAUGGCCGAUCCCGGCGCUGUCACCAAGGGGCUGAAGGCAAAAGAAAACACUUUAAGCACAAACACCAGAAAGAUGGCGUCAUGGGGAAAAGUGGAGCGCUUUGAGACGGUGAAGAGCCUAAAGCAGCGUCUCCAAGAUUCUGCUCAAACACCAAUCGAGUUAGAGCCAGCAGCAGUCAGUGUGGACGCCGAGCUCCCAGCUUCAGAUUGUCCACCCGAGCAUCCUCCUUCUGAACCUCUGGACAGUGGGUCACAAUCUGCUCUGCAAACCAACAACCUUAAAGGAUCCACUGUUUCUAAACCCAUCGCUGCAGGACCAAGUUCUACUGUCACAAGUGAGAGUGAGGGAGUUCAGAAACCAGGGACGGAGGUGGACAUGGACUCCACUGCUGGUUCCAAUUCCAAUGAAGGUGACAAAAAAAUGAAAAAAAUGGAAACGUCAGCAACGAUCAAGAGGAACAAAGAGGAAGGAGAACAAGAUGGUGAUGAAACUGAUGAACAGAUUGGUGAUGGCGUCCAUGACAUCAGCUCUAAAACCCAGACCACUGGGCCCAAGGAAUCCCAGACUCUGCAUGAAGAACGCCUCCAGAUCUCAGGCGGUAUCGAUGAUGAACGCAAAGCCCAAACAGAGGCGUCCAGUGAAAUGGAAAUGGAUUGUUCUUUCCAAGGUCAAAAAGACAGCCACAUGGUCCAGUCUGUGGAAAGACUGCUAACAACUCCAGAGGCGGAGUCAGAGACAAGACAAAUCAAUGUGGAGGACGGCGCUGCCAGAAACGAGAGCGGCCACACAAGCAUAGCGUCCAAAAGUGACGGGACGGAGGAGUCGCCCAAGAAACAAGACGGGGAUGAGACCAGGUCAAAGAAGGACACCACUGCAGACAAAUCCGUCACCAAGAAGACAAAGAAAGAAGACAAUCCGCUUCAAGUUGACGCCGUUAAGAAAUGUCCUGUUAGAAGAAGUACGAGAGGAAAGAAAGAGGAGACUGUGGGGAAAGAACUUAAAGAAGAAUCUGAAAAUCCAGACAGGAACGAGGAGGAGGAAAGUAUGAACUUUGUGACGGAGGAGAAGGUGGAAGAGGAGGAGGUCAAGGAGACGGUAACACCCAGGAGAAGAGGCCGAGCCAGGAGAACCAGACAGACUCCUGUGAGGAAAUCUACCAGAGGGAAAACUGAGAGCACAAAUGAGGAAAGAGAAGAAGAGGAACUGCCUCCCUCUUCACUUGAUGCCUCCUCGUCGUCGUUGUUGGACGAAGACUCUUCUAAUCGGUCAAGUGAUGGCCAUGUUGAGCUCCAGAAGACAGAGGAGGCUGCCUCUGCUGGGCCGGAGCUGCUACUGCGGAACAAAAGCCUGGAGGGAUGUGCAGAAGAAGAAGAGGAGGAGGAGGACACAGAAUGGAGCAGGGCUGAUAUUAAAGCUUUGAAUAAAAACAGGAGGGAGCUUCAUGAAACUGAAGCAAAGCGAUCUCGUUCUCAGUGUCCUUACCCUGCAGACUUCAAACUACCAGAGUUCAAACCCAACAACCCCCUCGGUCAGGAUUUCAUCAUCCUCCAGUCAGGAUUCUUCUGCAACAUCUGCUCCGUUUUCUACCUGAACGAGAGGACGGCCAAGGAGAAACACUGCAGCAGCCAGAAGCACUACGACAACCUGCAGAAAUAUUACCAGACGAAUCGACAGAUGUCAACAGAGUGUCCUUGAGGCUCUGCGUCUGACUGAUCCAAACAUCAGCCGCCAUUUUUUAAGAAGUUUAGAGGGUCAAAUCAAAUUGAAUUUGCAGCUUUAUGGGCGACUGACGAGUCUGUUGAGUUGAUCAGCAGCUAUUCUACGCGUUUGAAAAAGUAUCUGAAGUGUCUUUGUGUAAGCACAGUGUAAAGGUCGGAUUUUCUCUGUAAUAAAAAAAUGUAUAUUUCUUUGUA